AACAUCAGAGGAAGAAGCGCAGAACAAGAGCAGGACCGCUGCUAAGGAUAAUAGGGACACACAUAAACAGACCGAACUGGUUUGUUCGUUGGUUAUUUUAAGAUGUUAAACGUCUUUUAUUUGAAUUAAUAAAUGUCGCUGUAGUUUGCGACAGCUACACAGGUGAGCGCUUUGAUAGUAAACUGUUGUCGGGCACCAGAUCGAGGAGCUCCAUCUAAUUUUUUUUUGUUGAGCACUGUUGUGUGAGCGGUAAAAAAAUGCCUCUGGGUUUGAAACCGUGCUGCUCCGUCUGUAAGACGAACUCUUCUUCAAUGUGGAAGAAAGGAAACCAGGGCGAAAUACUGUGCAAUAACUGCACAGGAAAGACCAGCAGCGGCGGUGGAGCUUCUGGACCCUCCGUCUCCACCAGCACUCAGCCCAGCAACGGCGGCGGAAAACAGUCCAAGCAGGAAAUCCACAGGAGGUCUGCACGGCUGAGAAGCACCAAGUACAAAGCUCCUGCCUCUGAGAAAAAGGUUUCAACAAAAGGCAAAGGAAGGAGACACAUUUUCAAACUCAAAAAUCCAAUCAAAGCGCCAGAAUCAGUGUCAACAAUCAUUACAUCAGAAUCUUUAUUCUACAAGGGUGUGUAUUACCAGAUCGGUGAUGUGAUCAGGGUCAUAGAUGAAGACGAUGGGAAGCCGUACUACGCUCAGAUCAGAGGAUUUGUGCAGGACCAGUACUGUGAGAAGAGUGCGGCUCUGACAUGGCUAAUUCCCACUCAGGCCAGUCCAAGCGACCACUUCGAUCCAGGGACGUACAUUAUUGGACCAGAGGAGGAUCUGCCCAGGAAGAUGGACUAUUUGGAGUUUGUGUGCCACGCUCCCUCUGAAUAUUUCAAGUCACGCAGCUCUCCGUUCCCCACCAUCCCUCUAUGUCCCGAAAAAGGCUUCAUCUGGACGCACAUAGGACCUACAUCUACGCUGGCUGCUAAAGAGUCUGCCAGCAUCGCCAGUUAAUAGGACUUUCCCAUAUAUGGACUUAUGCUGUUUCUUUGAAGCAGUUGAAUGUAUAUAUGUGUAUUAUAGAGAAAACAAACUUAUUUCAGUUUAAAGGCAAGUUGCAAUCUGAUUUUGAGACAAACCAUUUGUAACUACAUUUUAAGGAACCUGUUUACACAGCUGAAACAUUGGAUUAAUACUUUUGUAUAUGACAAUUAAAAAAACUUCUUGAAAGUGUCA